AUGGGGUUCAAUCUUCAAGCCGCUGGCCCAGGGGCGAUUGUCUCUAUUGUCCUUCUCAGUAUUAUCAUCGCCAUCCGCAUAGCCGGAUUCGCCGUACUCCAGUACGGUCGUUUGAAGUAUUUUCACUUCUACGGGCGCUUCAACGGGUCGAAGCAGAUUUCGGUCAUACUAACGAUUCGCGAUUCUAAAGACCCGAAUCUGAAGGACUAUAUUCGUAGUAUCCUCAUUAACAAGCCCGAGUAUCUCUACAUUACCACUCCCAACCGAAAGGCUCAGCACCGGGUAGACGGUAAGUUGAAAGGCUUGAGGUUUGCGUUCUCUGAUACAAAGAUUAGUGUUGGUGCUGUCAACGAGCCGAAUAGACGUCGCGAGAUCGCACAUGCUUUGGCCUCAGUCGACACUCCGUUUACGGCUCUGACUGAUCAGGGAGUUCACUGGCCUGAGGGGUUCCUCAAGUCCGCAAUGCUCCCCUUUGCAAGUCAUCGUGUUGGCUGCGUCACUGUUCCAAUGGUGGCGCGUAAGCGAGAUGGAAUCUGGGGCUCAUUCUCGACGUGUCUGAUCUCCUGCUACUACAGCCUCUUGGCGGAGAGGAAUAGGGCUCUCAACGCCCUCGAUGGCUCUGUGGUUUUCCAAGGCUCGCCGAUCUUGUUCCGCACCAAGUUGGUUGCUCAGCCGAGAUUCAAGCAGCAGUUCGAGGUCGAUCUGUGUUUGAACCGCCGGCAUGGUGUCCAUAAAGCAGAUGAGUAUCUCUUCUUCAAUCGGUACUUCCUUCAGGAAGAGGCACCGCACGAAGAGCCUUAUCUCGUUGUUUUUCAAGACAUGCCGGAAGCUACCGUUCGUGUGGACCGAGGAUCUAUCGCCGAAUUCAUUCGUGAGUAUCUGCAGAUGACUCGAAAUCUUUGGCGCCUGAGCCGUGUCAUGAUCCGUCGAAACGAGCGUAUUCAAUACCCCAUUGCCUUUUUCCUGACGCAUCUUGCCAGUUUUGUAUCGUUUCCUCUGAUGUACGAGAUUCUCUUCAUUCUUCUCGUACACUUCACGAUGCAUCUUGGGGACGACGAGUGGGUGGCUUGGGACAUAUUUGCAUAUUUAUCAAUGUCCUUCCUGACUGUUGUGGGGAUCCGGAUAAUCAGACGUUUGGUUGCAGGUGGCGGCUACGGCUUUAGCAAAGGGACACCUAUCUUGGCUGUUCUGGUAGGUUACCCAGUCUACUAUAUCCUUGGGAUCCUCAGGCUUGUGGCAUUGGCCACCGCAUGGAAGGCUGAUGUCGAACUAAUGACUGAAGACGAAAUGAAAGUGCGAGUGGGCAACCCCGAGGCUCCACGGUAUUCUGUCCACGGCGCCGAGGAGGCUCGGGCAGAGAUUGAAGAACCGCCGUGGAUCUCAAACUGUAUGGAGAUGGAGAGACCCCGGCGUCCGCUUCGACCACUCCCCGACUUCCCUCUGUACGUCAUUGCAGAAUAG